AAGGGACCAUGUGCACUCCUUUCAUUUCAAUUCAUUUUUAAUAGGACCUGGAGUCCGGAUCUGAAAAUGGAACAGACAAUAUUCCAGUAAAUCAAACACAAAUAAACUUGUCUUCUAAUACUGAAUCUAUGGACCUACCAUCUUCUAUUCCAGUGUCCAGUUCUGGAACUAAACCUAAGACUGUGGCUAUUUCCAGUAUUUCAGAAAAAGAAAAGGCUGAAAUUGAAGCCAAAGAAGCUUGUGACUGGCUGAGGGCAACAGGUUUCCCUCAGUAUGCGCAGCUUUAUGAAGAUCUCUUGUUCCCCAUUGAUAUCUCUUCUGUCAAAAGAGAACAUGAUUUCUUGGACAGAGACGCCAUUGAGGCUUUAUGCAGGCGUCUGAAUACUUUGAACAAGUGUGCGGUGAUGAAGCUGGAAAUCAGUCCUCACCGGAAGAGAAGUGAAGAUUCUGAUGAGGAUGAGCCUUGUGCAAUAAGUGAAUGGACUUUCCAGAGGGACAGCAAGAGGUGGUCACGGCUGGAAGAGUUUGAUGUCUUUUCACCCAAGCAAGACCCCGUGCCAGGAUCCCCAGAUAGUAGCCACCUGCAGAACGCCCCAAGCCACGAAAGCAUGCUGACAGACCUCAGCGAGCAGCAAGAGGUGGCUUCGGUCCGCAGCCUUAGCAGCUCCUGCAGUCUCCCCACUGCUGCAGCCCAGAGUGGGGACAGCGCCACAACCCGGACCAACUCAGUCAUUAGUGUUUGCUCAUCUAGCCACUUUGUGAGCAAUGAUGACUCCUUCUGUAGCCUUCCCUCUCCCAAGGAACUGUCCAGCUUUAGCUUCGGCAUGAAAGGCCAGGAGAAGAGUGGCAAGUCUAAAGCACGCAGCCUGCUGAAACGCAUGGAGAGCUUAAAGCUAAGAGGUUCCCACCAUGGCAAGCACAAGGCACCGUCCAAGCUGGGCCUGAUCAUCAGCGGGCCCGUCCUACAGGAGGGAAUGGAUGAGGAGAAACUGAAGCAGCUGAACUGUGUGGAGAUCUCAGCUCUCAAUGGCAACCACAUCAAUGUCCCCAUGGUACGAAAGAGGAGUGUCUCCAAUUCCACACAGACCAGCAGCAGCAGCAGCCAGUCCGAGACCAGCAGCGCCGUCAGCACGCCCAGCCCCAUCACCAGGACUCGAAGCCUCAGUGCAUGCCACAAGCGGGUGGGCAUGUACUUGGAGGGCUUUGAUCCCUUCAACCAGUCCACGUUCAACAACGUGAUGGAACAGAACUUUAAAAACCGCGGCAACUACCCAGAGGACACCAUCUUCUAUAUACCAGAAGAUCACAAGCCUGGCACGUUCCCAAAGGCCCUCUCCAAUGGCAGUUUCUCUCCCUCCGGGAGCAGCAGCUCAGUGAACUGGAGGACUGGAAGCUUCCAUGGCCCGGGUCACAUAAGCCUGCGAAGGGAGAACAGUGGUGACAGUCCCAAAGAGCUUAAGCGACGCAAUUCCUCCAGUUCCAUGAGCAGCCGCCUGAGCAUCUAUGACAACGUACCCGGCUCCCUCCUGUACUCCAGUUCCGGUGAUCUGGUGGACCUGGAAAACGAGGACAUCUUCCCGGAGCUGGAUGACAUCCUGUACCACGUGAAGGGGAUGCAGAGAAUCGUCAACCAGUGGUCAGAGAAGUUUUCUGAUGAGGGCGAUUCAGACUCAGCCCUGGAUUCUGUCUCUCCCUGCCCGUCCUCUCCCAAACAGAUACACCUGGAUGUAGACCAUGACCGAGCCACUCCCAGUGACCUGGACAGCACAGGCAACUCACUGAAUGAGCCGGAGGAGCCCUCAGACAUCCCUGAAAGGAGGGAUUCAGGGGUCGGGGCCUCCCUGACCAGAUCUAAUAGGCACAGACUGAGAUGGCACAGUUUCCAGAGCUCUCACCGGCCAAGCUUAAACUCCAUGUCACUACAGAUCAAUUGCCAGUCUGUGGCCCAGAUGAACCUGCUACAGAAAUACUCGCUCCUGAAGCUAACCGCCCUGCUGGAGAAGUACACACCUUCCAAUAAGCAUGGCUUUAGCUGGGCUGUGCCCAAGUUCAUGAAAAGGAUCAAGGUUCCAGACUACAAAGACCGUAAUGUGUUCGGGGUCCCUCUGACCGUCAAUGUGCAGCGCACCGGACAGCCCCUGCCCCAGAGCAUCCAGCAGGCCAUGCGCUACCUCCGCAAUCAUUGUUUAGAUCAGCUGGGACUGUUCAGAAAAUCAGGAGUCAAAUCUCGGAUCCAGGCUCUGCGCCAGAUGAACGAAAGUGCCAUAGACUGUGUCAACUAUGAAGGCCAGUCUGCUUACGACGUGGCAGACAUGCUGAAGCAGUAUUUUCGAGAUCUUCCCGAGCCCCUCAUGACCAACAAACUCUCAGAAACUUUCCUGCAGAUCUACCAGUAUGUGCCCAAGGACCAGCGCCUCCAGGCCAUCAAGGCUGCCAUUAUGCUUCUGCCUGAUGAGAACCGGGAGGUGUUACAGACUCUCCUUUAUUUCCUGAGCGAUGUCACUGCAGCUGUGAAAGAAAACCAGAUGACUCCCACCAACCUGGCUGUGUGCUUGGCCCCUUCCCUCUUCCAUCUCAACACUCUGAAGAGAGAGAACUCUUCUCCGAGGGUAAUGCAAAGAAAACAAAGUUUGGGCAAACCCGAUCAGAAAGAUUUAAAUGAAAACCUUGCUGCUACUCAAGGACUGGCCCAUAUGAUCGCUGAGUGCAAGAAGCUUUUCCAGGUCCCUGAGGAGAUGAGCCGAUGUCGAAACUCCUACACUGAACAGGAAAUGAAGCCCCUCACUCUGGAAGCACUGGGGCGCCUCCACAGUGACGAAUCCACGGACUAUCACCACUUCAUCCAGGACUGCAUGGAUGGCCUGUUUAAAGAGGUUAAAGAGAAGUUUAAAGGCUGGGUCAACUACUCAACUUCUGAACAGGCUGAACUCUCCUAUAAAAAGGUGAGCGAAGGGCCCCCUCUCAGACUUUGGAGGUCAACCAUUGAGGUCCCAGCUAUGCCGGAAGAAAUCCUAAAGCGUCUUCUCAAAGAGCAGCACCUCUGGGAUGUUGACCUGUUGGAUUCAAAAGUGAUUGAAAUCCUGGACAGCCAGACUGAAAUUUACCAGUAUGUGCAGAACAGCAUGGCGCCCCACCCUGCCCGGGACUAUGUGGUUUUGAGAACAUGGCGGACGAAUUUACCCAAAGGAGCCUGUGCCCUUUUGCUUACCUCUGUGGACCAUGACCGGGCACCCGUGGUAGGAGUGAGAGUCAAUGUGCUCCUGUCCAGGUAUCUGAUCGAGCCCUGCGGGCCAGGGAAAUCCAAACUCACCUACAUGUGCAGAGCUGACCUACGUGGCCACAUGCCAGAGUGGUAUAUGAAAUCUUUUGGACAUUUGUGUGCGGCUGAAGUUGUAAAGAUCCGAGACUCUUUCAGCAAUCAGAACUCUGAAACCAAAGACCCCAAAUCUAGGUGAUUUCUGAAGCACAACAAGUGUACCCACCACCCAGGUGUUUGUUUCUGCAUUGCUUGCCGGUCCUUGAAUUAGUGGCUCUGAGUCUAGUCCUGAAGCAGAAAACUACAAGUUGGAGUGUAAGAAUUGCCUCUAGUGGUUUGAUAUAUUUUUUAAGCUGCUUCCCUAUUUGUUUAAGGUCUGUCUUAGACCUUGACUGGAAUAUAUGAAACUGCAAAAAAAAAAUGAUAUUCUUAUUCAAAUUGCUUCUGAGAAGCAAGACUCUAUAAAUACGUUAUAGAAGAUAAUGAAGACUUCAUUCUCUUGUGAUAUUGGUGUCUGUGUACCUAUGUCAUUUAAGUUGCAGUGUGCUAAGGGACUGGUGUAUCCACUGGAAUAGUUGGUACUCUGACAAGUUUUCUCACUGAGAUGAGCAAAGAAAGGUUUGCACAGAGGAAUGUGUGUAUGUGUGUUCGUUGCUGGUUGAGUGGCAUAGAUGUAUAAUGUGGAAUGCAGUGGCUGGCACACUGAGACGCCUCUGAGAAGGAUAUUGAUGCAUCAGGCACAGUUUAACCUGAAAUAUCUGACUACCCCAGGAAAAAUUCAAAAGGGAACCCAUACCUUAGCCCAUAUUUUUUUUCUGAGUUAAUAAGCAUAUUCCUUCUCUCCAAUUUCUUCCUUUCCUCAUAAGGAAUAAGUUAACCCUGACACCCCAUUUCAAAUGUACUUUCUCUUUAGUGCUGAUUGCAAAUAGUGAUAUUGUUUGUAACCACUAUCUAUAGUUCAGAGAUGAACCCCACCAAUACCCUUUACUUGCACAGUUUUGCUCUUCUUUGUAAAAUCAAGAUAUAAAAGUGAACAUCUAGCAUUUAUUCCAAACUCAAGCAUGAAAACAUUAUACCAGCAGAAUUUUUGGCAUCUUCGUGUCUGUUACAAACUAUAUUAUGUCCAGCAACACGAACAACUUUGUGUGGCCCAGGGAAAUCUCUGAAUUGGACCUCACCACAAAAAUCAUUUGUUGUUGCUGUUGUUAUAGUGUUUCUAAAAUCUGCAUGUGUUUAUUAAUUGGAUUUUUCCUUAUGAACAAAUAGCAGAUAGGUUUAUGACCUACUAUAUUUUGUUUUUACAUUUUUCUACUUUUUUUUAUAUAAUGAUGCCCCUGGAAUAUAUUUUAGUGGUAAAGGAAAAUAGUUAUUGUGAUGAAAAGGAAAAAUACACCAGCAUAGUUAUUUUGGAAGGGUAGUCUUUAUACAGGUUUUACUGUAAUUAUAAAAGAUUGGCUCAAGAGACAGUAUUAGUGAAUUUAUUUUGUAUGGUUCAAAAGUGAAUUGUGUAUGAAUGAGACUUGUAAGAAGGAUUUUUAUUUUGUUAUAAUAUAAUAUACUUACCAUUGUCAGUAUUAUUUCAGAGGUUCUUUGAAGAAUUGGAGAGGGCAGAUUAGAGUUUUAAAAUUUUUGAGUAUUUUGAAUAUCAGUGUUCUUCAUGAAGAUAUACUUGUAUAUUCAAUUUUAAUGGCUUUCAGAUUUGUAAGAUUGUUGUAUAUACCAUUCUAUUAAGGAACAUGCACAUGUGUCCGCUAUGCUUUCAAACAUAGACAAAGCAUGAUUUAAGAUUAUUAUUUAAAAUAUACUUGUAUUUAUACCUCAGAUAUUCUUUUUGGGUUUUGUACCUCAAAUUUUUCCUAAUGUAAAUACACUUUACAUGAAUACAAAUCUAAGUAAAAAAGAAUAAAAACAAAUGAUUUAUAUCUUGUUCUAUAUCUGUACAGAAUAUAACCAAAAAGUGCACUAUGAAAUGUUCAGUGAAGGGAAAAGUUUGGCCUUUUGCCUUUGUACUGCAUCUCACUUCCACCCUUAGAGCACAGAUUGCAAAGCCUGUCAUUCUAGCGUGCACCAAAAGGAAAAUCCAAAUUUGCUGAAGGAAAACUCAGACCGAAUCAUUCCAAGGCCAAACUGCCACUGAGCCAUUCACUAACAAACAGGAAACCCUGGUGAAGGUUCAGGAAGCGUGGAGAGUCUCCACACAAAGGUCGUUAGGAAAUGGUGCUGAGAAAGUUACAAGAAUAAGCAACAGCAACAGAAAGAUGCUCUUAAGCAAAGCCAAGGUCACUGAUUAAUGCCACAAAGGUCUCUUUCCCACUGUUUGGUUUUCCUGUUGAAAGGAUUCCUUACAUAUUUCACAAGAGUUGGAGUCAAAGGAUGCAGACAUGCUCAAGAAUUCUGCUUCAAGUCACCAAAAGUGAUAUUGCCACAACUUACUAAUUGUGACUAAUUGCCUGGAUCAUAAGCUCUCCGAGGGCAGGGCUCUCGUGUAUCCUCUAACCCCCAACAGCAGCUUUCUGUGUUUUGUACUUGUAGGCACCUAAUAAAUUUAUUAUUUGCUAAA